AGAGUUUGACAGCAUUUCGCCAUGGUUUGUAAACAACAUCGUUUGUUUGGUAACGAAGACUAUUCAAAAUUGAGUCAUGUGUUGGCGAAUAACCCUCUGAGCGAAAUUUUUUAUUGCUAUAAAGAAAAAUCGACUAGCAUCAAUAAUACUAUCUUCGUUUUAAUCUAACGGUCGUCAUGUGAAUUAUAUUUUCAUUAUUUGUUAUAAAAUUAUUAAUAACCCCACAAUAAUAAAUCAAUGAUCGUUUUUAUUGUUUAGAGAUUUGUUUUAAAAAUGGCUACAUUAAAAGGUGUUUUUCCUAACCUAACAACAACCAGAAAGAAAAAUUUUAUUCAAGAAAAUGUAAAAAAUUUACGACGAAUGGAACAAUGUUUUCAUUCCAAUAAAGAAUCUGAUGAGCUAGAAAAAUUCCAGAUAAAUAGACAUAGAAAAAAAGUAAAUAAAUAUUCCAACAUUACUGCAAAAGUAAAUACUAGUUUCCAUGGAAACUUACAGAAUAAUCAUAUGGAAAAUAUGUCAAAUAAACAAAUAGAAAUUAUAGAGAAAGAACCAUUACGAAAAAUAAGUACUCCUAUACUUAAUAAAAAGAAUUCUGUGCCUAUAAAAAAACCACUCAAUUCAUUAACAAAUAAAUUGAUAAACAAACAAACAAGAAAAGAAAAUAUAGAUAAUAAAAAUGUUCAGCCAGGAUCUAAAAUAAAGGUAACAUCUGACCCAAAUUUUAUAGAGAAAUCUCGAGAGGAUGUAAAUAGUUCUCCUUUAUCUUUAAAUACUAAGUAUAAACAUAAAGGUAUUCAAACAAUAGAAGAGAAACACAUAGAUCAGCUGUACAUGGAAGGUAUUAUCAGAUAUCCCACUAAGAAGAAUUUAAAGAAUAAUGAAGAAAAAAAUAAAAGUGAAUCUUAUAAACUUUUAAAUAGUCCAUCAGAACUAGAAAGUGCGCAAUUUGCCAGUAUAGAAUUACAUGAUUCCCCAAAAAUUUCAGAGUUACCAAUAAUCAAUGAAAAAACUGACAUUGUAAAGCCAAGUAAAGAUCGUAAUUCUGUCGCUACUAAAAUAGCUGCACAGUUGAAUAAUGGUGUAGUUCCUACCAAUUAUCGCAAGGGAGUUGUCCCCAAAUAUAUUAAGGAUCGAAAGGAAGCUCAACAAAAAGCAGAAGAAGCUAAAACAGCUGCAUUCUGCCCUGAAUGUCCAGAAGGUCAUGUCCCCUUACCGGACCACGAGCGUCAGGAGACCUUGCGAAUGCUGAAAAAAAAUUAUCAAGAUUAUGUUAACGAAUUAAACAUGAUGCCAAUAAAAACAGAUACACUCAGAGCUCAGAAAAGGAAAAUGGAAAUUGAAAAACAAUUGAAUAAACUAGAGGAAGCUAUAAAAGUAUUUUCAAGGCCUAAAGUUUAUGUGAAAAUAAAUGCUUAAAUGUUAGAUUCAUAACAGAUUAAAUGGGUACAA